AUGGUACUAGACAACACCCGUGGUAACAAAACCACUUUCAUCACUCCGCGCCCUAAAGAUAGUCUACCACCGCCAAAUGCCCCCAAUCGUUUCUCAAGCCCUGAUGCUGAAGAGUUGGAAGCGUAUCAAGACCUAUUCGAGUCCCAAAUGGCUCAAGAUCACCCAAUCCCGACCCCGGAAGAUGACCUAAAUGCUCACUAUCGCAAUUUCAUUGAGAACGACGUUGAUUCACCACCACCAACCCCGAAAUGCACUCAGUCGGCAAGCAAGUCAUUGAAGAGAGCUGCAAACAUAGAUUCGACUGAGACGGCGGCUCCCCCAAAACCGCCUGCGUGCAAGGUCAGCAAACGUAAAUAUUCGAAGAAAGACACCUUGACCGCGGAAGAGCGUGUGAUGGAUUCCUCAUCAGGAGACGAGAACACCCCUGGUAACGCAGCACCCAUGACCACUGCAACUCAACGUCGUGGUUCAGCACGUCCCACUCUGGCUCGACGCGCUCUCGAUCCCCUGCCUUCGAUUGACCCGUCAACUGUACGAGGUAAAGACUAUAAACACCCUGUGGCCACAGCAAUGCAAGUUGGCAAUGCGGCCAAGAUUGACAUGUUACGGUCUGCCAACGAGUGGCGCCAAGAAUUUGAGGCCGCCAAACAACUGGCCGAGGCUGAAGCUCGACAGUCCGAUCUCAGUUGGGCCAAGGAGAAGUUUUACUUGGAAAGAGAGGAAGAACGUAAUCGAAUGGCUCUCGCACGCGAAGAGGAACGCAAUCGCAUGGCUAUCAUUACCCGCAACGAGCGCAAAGCCUUUUGCGAAAAGCUGGUACUUGAGGGCAAGACUCCUCAAGAACUUGAGGCCUAUCUUCGCCUGGUAUACCCCGAGGUGGGGCCCAUAUUUAGAAAUGAAAUGUUAUCAAUAAGUUUUUGA